GACGGCACUGACUGGCAUCACUGCUGGGCAUUGACUGGCGGCACUGACUGGCACAACCCCUGGGCACUGACUGGUGGCACUGACUGGCAGCACUGCUGGGCUGCACUGGUGGAUGGCACUGGUGGGCAGCACUGGUGGGUGGGCACAGGUGGGUGGCACUGGUGGGCACAGGUGGGUGGCACUGGUGGGCACAGGUGGGUGGGCACAGGUGGGUGGCACUGCUGGGCACAGGUAGAGUGGCACAGGUGGGUGCACUGCUGGGCACAGGUGGGUGCACUGCUGGGCACAGGUGGGUGAUCUGCUGGGCACAGGUGGGCG